AUGACGGAGAUAUCUGCUUUUGGAGAGCUUUCCAACUUCAAGGUCAAUAUGUCCAAGUCCGAGAUUCUUGAUGUUAAUCUUCCUCCACCUGACCGCAGGGCGCUGGCGACCUCCUUUCCUUUCGCUUGCACACUGAUUCGCCCCAAAUCGAGGGGUGGCCUGGCCUUGCCUUGCCCGCGCACUUACUAUAGGGCAUGUCAUUUGCUCCGGGUUGUGGAGUGGUCCCAGGCCUCCCGCAUUAAGCAGUGGGUCGAUCUGGAGGACGCCCUUCUUGGUGUCCCUGUUAGCUUCCUCCCCUGGUUGUCGAUGUGUUCUGCGAGACGCUUGGCUGCUCCUCACCCUUUUAUCCGAGCCACCCUGCGCGUCUGGCACUCUCUAACUGGAAGCGCACAGCUAACCACUUUUCCCUCCCCGCUUACCCCCCUUAGGGACAACCCCGACUUCCCUCCGGGCAUGGGGGUCGAUUUGUUCCCCACUGUCGCCUCUGGCACUGAUUCUAGACUUCGCUCCUUUGUCACUUCUGCUGGGCUUAGGCCACUGGAACAACUGAUUGCGCCGGCUUCGCCUACCUUCCUCGAUCGGUUUCGCUAUGCGCAGUUAACCAACUUUUAUCGUUCUCUGGUUCAGCGGCACAACACGUUUCGCGCCCUCACCGCUUUUGAGACUCUCUGUGUGUCCUCUAGUCGGCUGACUCACGGGGUGUCCCACCUCUAUAGUCUGCUGCUGACUGCCUUGACCCCUGUGCCCCCUGUGUUUAUGGGGAGAUGGGAGGCUUCGCUGCAGGUCGUUCUCACGGAAGAACAGUGGGAAAAGGUUUGCAUCCUGACCCAUCGUUGUUCUCUGAGCAACCGGGAUCGGGAAAUGGCUUACAAGCUCUUAGCUCAAUGCCCAGGCCUCAUGGAUUACAUCAAUUUACUGGUCUUUCUUUUCGCCAUUGAAACAUUGAACAACGACCCAAACAUUUUACCAAAUAUUACCCUGGGUUAUCAUAUAUAUGACUCCUGUUUAGAUGAAGGAAAAGCUGUGAAAAGCAUUCUUCAGAUUUUGUCUGGCCCCCGCAUGACCGUCCCUAAUUACUCUUGUGCGAAUUCUAACAACGUGGCUGGAUUUAUUGGCGAUCACCAUUCUAGUACUACCAUUCCCAUAGCACAGUUACUAGGGGUGUAUGGAUACGCACAGAUCAGUUAUGGAGCGACAGACUAUGCGCUGAGUGAUAGACGUGUUUAUCCGCAUUUCUUCCGCUCUGUUCAAAAUUAUCUUGUCUAUAAUAAAAUUAUAUUGAAGAUUCUAAAACAUUUCGGAUGGACCUGGGUGGGAAUACUCGCGGUUGAUGAUGACACCGGAGAGACAGAGAGUCAGGCUCUGAGAGCGUAUCUGACAAGUUAUGGAAUUUGUAUUUCCUUUACUGUAUUGCAUCGCUAUAUAAAAAGGAUAAUUGCAUCUCAGUUGGGCCGCACAUUUUACGAUGAACAUGGAGAAUUUGCAUACUAUUACACAAUUACAAACUGGGUGUUUUUAUCAAAUAAGUCUGCAUUUAGAAACAUUGUGGGUAACUUCACUGAGUGGGCUCCAGAUGGUCAGCAGCUAAUCAUUGACUCGCAUUUAGCAAUAUGGGGGAACAAAGACAACCAGAUUCCAAGAUCUCAGUGUUCAGAGAACUGUUUGCCUGGAUAUCGAAAAGUUCUGAGACCUGGAACACAAAUCUGCUGCUACGACUGUGUCCGGUGCUCAGAGGGAGAGAUAUCCAAUAGAUCUGACAGUGAGAACUGCAUUGUUUGCCCAAGUGAUAAAUGGUCUAAUGAGAAAAGGGAUCGGUGUAUUCCAAAAUCGGUGGAGUUUCUAUCAUAUUUGGAUGCAGUUGCUGCUGUUUUAUCCUUUCUAUCAAUUCUGUUUUGUCUUGUAACUGUUGUAAUUUUACUGAUCUUCAUUGUCUUCAGAGAUACCCCAAUUGUGAAAGCCAAUAACAAGAACCUCAGCUUCCUCCUCUUGGUCUCCAUCAUGCUGAGCUUUCUCUGUGUGUUUCUGUUCCUCGGUCGUCCUGAGGAUGUAACCUGCAUGCUGCGACAAACAGCUUUUGGAGUCCUCUUCUCAUUAGCCGUGUCUUGUAUUUUAAGCAAAACAAUCAUGAUCUAUAUUGUUUUCAGAGCCGCAAAACCCGGCAGCUCCUGGGCAAACUGGGUCAAUGUGAAAGUCUCCAAUUCUAUAGUACUGCUCUGCUCAUCCAUUCAAGUUAUCAUUAAUAUUUCCUGGUUGGCCAUUUCCCCCCCAUUUCAGGAGCUGGACAUGCACUCUUAUCAGGGAAAGAUCAUCGUUCAGUGUAAUGAGGGCUCGGUUAUCGCCUUCUACUGUGUCCUGGGUUAUAUGGGGCUUCUGGCAGCCGUUAGUUUUAUUAUAGCUUUUUUAGCCAGGACAUUACCAGACAGUUUUAAUGAGGCCAAGUACAUCACCUUCAGCAUGCUGGUGUUCUGCAGCGUUUGGAUUGCGAUGAUCCCGGCCUAUCUGAGCACCAAAGGGAAGAACAUGGUGGCCGUAGAGAUUUUUGCCAUAGUGGCUUCAAGUGCAGGACUUGUAGGAUGUAUAUUUAUUCCAAAAUGCUAUGUAAUUCUUUUUAGACAGGAAUUGAAUACAAAAACAUAUUUACUUGGAAGUAGAAUUAAAGGUUUAACCAAAUAGUUAUAAGAACCAUAUUCUGAAUUAUAUGUAUUAUUAUCUUAUAACUGUCAAUGGUCAAUUUUAGA